UGUUAAAUUCUAAAAAAGAAUGCAUGGAGUUAAGAGUUGGACAUCACUAGCCCUUUUUUUCUAACAGUGAAACUCCUACAAUUGAUUCUAAAGUUUCAGUCUAACAUGAAAAGCAGUAAGAUGGUAUUUUAGAUCCCAGCUCUGGGUGGAGGUACUUUAUGUCUGAGUGACAAUUGGGUUUGCACUUUGGGGGACAUCUGAAAUAAUUUCUGUGAUCAGCAGACAUUCAAUGAAAAUCUGGGUGUGACCCCCUCCAAGAAGCCGGAGCCCCCCUCAGAACGUUCAGACCCCCCUUCCCAGCACCCCUCAUGGUGCGGCGGGACAGCUGCCGGAGGUCAGGAUGGAGACCCGUGCGGAGGUUGGCGUCUCCAUCAGGACUACGUUACCCAGAAGGCAGUGUGCCACACUGGGCCAGUGAGGGCUCAAGGAGCGAGGCACUUCCGCCCAGCGGACGGCAUGUAGGCGGGCCUUCCGGCGUCGGCCUCCAGCGACAUGUUGUAAAUUUGGUUCUGUCCAGCGCUCGGAAGCUCAGGUUGCUGGGACUGCCCAAGGUAACGGAGCGGGGACGCGCAGGGCCGGCUGCUCGGAGACUCAGCGUGGCUGUCGUGCGGGCUGAGCACUGCGGUGCCACGGUCGCCGUGGCGGUUCCCAUCCAGGGCUCCAUGACCUUUGAGGACGUGGCCGUGUACUUUUCCCAGGAGGAGUGGAGGCUUCUUGACGAGGCUCAGCGACACCUGUACCGGGACGUGAUGCUGGAGGUCUUUGCACUUGUUGUGUCAUUGGGCUGCUGGCACGGAGCAGGGGCUGAGGAGGCACCUUCAGAGCAGAGCAUCCCCAUAGGAGUGUCACAGGUCAGCAUCGCAAAGGCAGAUCUGUCCCCCCACGAGGUGCACAGCCCGGACUCCGAAGGGGAUUUGCAUCCAGCCAAGAACCCAGGAGCAAGCCCUGGGCAGAAAGUGUGUGGGACCGGGGGGAAGCCUCAGGAGCACCAGAAGCAGCACAGUAGAGAAAGACGCCCGCGAAGGAACACGAAGAGCCAUGCCACCCACCCCCCACCACAGAAGCCCGUCCCUGCUGACCCAGGCCUUCUCCCCCAGCUCGCUCACAGUCGGGGGACACCCACUGAGGACACCAGCUGUACAGAGCCCUUUCACCACAGACAGAGACACUACACGUGCGGUGACUGUGGGAAAGCCUUCUGCCGGAAAUACAGACUCACCCAGCAUCAGAGAGUCCACACGGGAGAAAGGCCAUAUGAGUGCAGCGAGUGUGGGAAAACCUUCAGCUACAAACACAUACUCGUCCAGCACCAGAGAGUCCACACUGGAGAGAGGCCUUACGAGUGCAGCGUGUGUGGGAAAGCCUUCAGUAACAAACCCACACUCGUUCGGCACCAGCGAAUUCACACUGGAGAGAGGCCUUAUGAAUGCGGUGAGUGCGGGAAAUUCUUUAGCCAAAGCUCCAGCCUUAGUGAACAUCAGAGGAUUCACACUGGGGCACGGCCUUAUAAAUGUGGUGAGUGUGGGAAAUUCUUCACCUCCAACUCCAACCUGAUUAAACACCGGAGAGUCCACACCGGAACAAGGCCUUAUGAGUGCAGCCAAUGUGGGAAAUUCUUUAACCAAAGCCCCAGCCUCAUUAAACACCAGAGAAUUCACACUGGCGAAAAGCCUUAUGAAUGUAGCGAAUGUGGGAAACUCUUUAGCCAAAGUUCCACCCUCAUUAAGCACCAGAGAGUUCACACCGGGGCAAGGCCUUACAAGUGCAACGAAUGUGGGAAACUUUUUAGCCAGAGCUUUGGCCUCACCCAACACCACAGAGUCCACACAGGAGAAAAGCCCUACGAGUGCCGUGCCUGUGGGGAAUCCUUUAGCCACAGCACACAACUUACUCAGCACCGGAAAGUUCACACCGCAGAGAGCCCUCCCCCGUGCAGGAGCCGUGGAGAAGUGUUCCGCCACUGGUCAGCUCUCAUCGACCACCGGAAACUCCACAGCCCCGCUCGACCUCAUGAGUGCACCGCGUGUGGGAAAGCCUUCAGCCGCAGGUCUAACCUCCUGCGACACCACAAAGUUCACAGGGGAGGAGGGCCUUAGAAUGAGCGGGGGCCGCACCAUGUCAAGAGCCCAUCCUCACCACAGUCUGAGCCUAUGGGGCAAAGGGGGCUAGGCUGUACUUUCUAACCUGUCUAGAACCCUCGUGUUGGUCAGUGCAGGUUUCUCCCACGUGUGUCCCAAACACUGUAUGCCUCAGUGUGGAUGGUUUCAUGGCACAGGGUAGCUCUCACUCUAGAGUUUUGGGCACAAGGCCUCCUACGAUAGAAUGAAGGGCAGUCCCAAUUUUUGGGGACUAAUCUUGUGUCCCAGAUGUACGGGUUUGUGGUUGAGUCUGGAGGUUUCCCUGAGAGGAACUGUGUGGGUGUUUUUUUUUCUUUUUUUAAUAUUUAUUUUUGAGAGAGACAGGGCAUGAGCAGGGGAGAGGCAGAGAGAGGGAGACACAGGAUCUGAGCUGUCAGCACAGAGCCCCAUGUGGGCCUCAAACCCAUGGACCAUGGGAUCAUGAGCUGAAGUCAGAUGCUUACCCAACUGAUCCCCCCAGCACCCCAAGGAUCAGCUUCUCUUUCUCACAUAGGAUGUCACAGUGCCCCAGGUCCCAAUACAGAGCCUUGUGCCAUCACAUCUGCUGGGCUGGUAUCAUGGAUUCCAGGCACCAGGUAGGAGCCAGCUGUGCAGUACAGACACAUUUAGCGAAAUGGUGGGGGACUUACAAAGUGGAGGGGCUGCGAUGCCUACACCAAUGCCCUGGGGGCUACGGCCAAUUUCAGGUAAGGGCCUUGUGGACGACAUUCUGAGGCCCUAUAGAGCUGACAGCGCUCCUGUGGCUGGGGUUCUAUUGCGCUACAGUUAAGGUGUUCGGGGCGGGGGGUUGAAAACCAAACUCGAAAUGCAGACACGAAGGCAGCAGGCACGUGGUCUUUCUCACCCACGGAGCGUAGCUUGUAAACUCCGGUGCGGUUGCUGGCCAGCGGGAUGCAAGAGCUGUGUCCUGUGGGGUGGCCAGAUUUCAAUUUUCCAAGGUUUUCCCGAUGUUCAGAUUUUUCCGCAGAAGCAUUUCCACUCGGCAUGCGAUAGACUUCAAGUGUACUUGAAAACCGAAAACUGGUGCUGGUAGACUUUACUGGAUGUGCACUCAUGAAACCAUCGUACUCCACCACAGGUCCUUUGUCUUGUAACCUCUGCCUGGAUUCCCACGCAGGCCGUCACUUUCUUUCGUACCUUCGCUAGUUUGUGUUCUCUAGAAUUUUACAUGUUGGAAUCUUACUGUGGCUCCUUUUUACGGGUACAUAAUAGUACAUGAUUACUUCGACAAUUACCAGUGAAUAGUUGGAAUUUUUUUUUUUUUUAAACAAGUGGAAGACACCAUUAUUCACUCAUCUAA